AUGGAUCCCGGGGCCGCCCGUGCGUCUGGCCCGCAUCCUGUUGCCUCCUCCAUGGGACAAAAUCCAGAUUCUCAAGGGGAUCGUCGCAAUCCAACUGCAAGGUCAAAGUCGACCCCACAGUAUGAGAGGAUAGGGCAGAUCAUCCAGCUCUUCAACCAAAAGCGUGACCAGUAUGCGCACUCUCUGGAAGCCAAGACGAGAGAUUUGCUGACCCAGAACAAGAUUUUCAUCAGGUCUAGAUAUGUUAAACUCGUGGGGGAACUCAGCAGCAGAACAAGUCAGCCAAUAGCUCCGAUGCCCUCCCAACCCAACCCUGCCGGACCUAAGAAGACUGGGCAGAAGGACCAGCGAUCAGCAGAUCAAGGCACUGUUUUGGUAGAUGUAAAAUUCGCAAAACACAGGAAAGCUGGACAUGCCAAGGAGCGCGUCCAGGCGAUGCUGCUGCCAACAGCGAAAACGAUUCCCAAGUAUACAUCGUGGACAUACAUGAAAAGAAAUGAAAUGGCUCGGGACGUUGGGAUGUCGAUGUUCUACACUGAUGAAAGUGGUGAGACAGUGCCUGCCCUCCAGGAAUCUGUCACCGAGGGUGCAGCUGCGCGUUCAGGAAGAAAUGAGCCCUGUGAAAAUUUCUGCAUUCGGGCUGUGGUAGAGCAGUUUGCCAAUGAGCCAUGCCUCGUUGAUGCUCUGUCGCUUGCGGUCAGAUUGCACCCCCAAAAAACAGAGGAACGGGUCCAGGAGGUUAUUGAGGACAUGCGAGCAUCUUCUGGAUUGCGGAAUCGCCAGCUCACUGGAUUGUCAGAUCACCUCCAGGUGUUUUUCAAGCACUAUUGUCGAAGAUGCAGGAUCUUUUGCUGCCGACGUCAUCAAGACUGUGGCAAUGUGCGUCCUCAUGAUCGUGACAAUGAAAAGCAACCCCCGCUGCAGCCAUCGUUGGAUACUUGUGGGCCGAAUUGCUGGAAACUGCUUGGAGGAAGAGAAACAUCUGGGAAGCAGACUUGCCAAGGCGCUGUGUCCCCGAGUCAAUCGCCUCAGGGAAUUCGAAACAGCAACAGCACUGCCGCCACUGCUUGCAGGCCACCAACAUCCGUCAACUGGACCCCGCUGGAGGAAGGACUCUUGAGAAAGGGUCGCAAGCUGUUUGGCCAGGACAGCUGCCGGACUGCCCGAUUGGUUGUGACGCGAACAUGCCAAGAAGUGCACGAACAUCCUUGUGUAGACCCGGUGGCAGUGGUGCAGGACUCAUCACCAAAGCCAAAAAAGUCGGUCAUCCCCAAGCGUCGAAGGAAGUGCUUCAAGCCUCGAAGGGUUGGGCCCAAGCAGCUGCCAAAGAAGGCCAAGAAUUUAAUGCUCUCCAAACGAGCCAACCAUAACCCCUCAAAAUCUUGGCCAGGAUACCAGCCCUGCAAUUGCGAAGGCCAGUGUGACGUCAACUGCCCUUGUGUCCAGCGAGGCACCUGGUGUGAGAAGUUCUGCGCUUGCAGCACCGACUGCACAGUCCGGUUUCCCGGAUGCAAAUGCAAGGGCCUUUGCGGCACCAAAAGAUGCCCGUGCCAAUCCGUGGGAAGGGACUGCGAUCCUGACAGGUGUAAGUGUGUCGGUGCUGCCCAAGCGCCAGACGGCUCAGUUAAGCGAGAGACUUCUUGUUCCAACAUGUGCUUCUCCUGCGGUGACCACAUUCGAACAGCUAUGGGGAUAUCCAGAGUUGCUGGAUGGGGAGCAUUUCUGCUGGGGGCUGCCAACAAAGGGGACUUUCUGGGCGAAUAUACUGGAGACCUCAUCAAUGACCAGGAGGCAGAGCGGAGAGGCAAAGCUUACGACAAGGAGCAACACUCCUACCUUUUUGACCUCAACGACUGCCAAGUGCUGGAUGCGAAGCGAAGGGGCAACAAACUGAGAUUCGCCAACCACUCUGCGAAUCCCAACUGCUGCGUGAGGCAUCACCUUGUCGACGGCGACCACCGCAUCGGCAUCUUCGCUGCGUGCAACAUGCGCCCGGGGGAGGAGCUCCUGUACGACUACCAGUACUACAAACUGCUGGGCGACAGGGCGCCCGCGUGGGCAGUGGACAAGCAGGACGUUUCCCAGCCGCCCAACAAGAACAAGAGGCUGGUGCCCUGCGGGCAGGCGGACGGCCAGCAGACGAGUGGGAACGAACGGGCUCCUCGAUCUGGCGGAAUUUCCGAGGCGCACGGGCUGGAGGGCGACUCUGCGCCCCCCCCUUCCGCGCCGUUCAAUCCGCAGAAGAAGAAGCGCCCCAAUCGCGCCCAGAGCGUUUUUGUUGUGAACGGCGUCGUCCCUGUGACGGGCGACGGCGCGGACUCAGCAUCGAAUGAGGAGUACGAGGAUGUGGAGUCGGAGUCGCAAGCACUGCAAGACUGA